AUGUCAAUGACCACACUCCCACCAUCCCUUCCAGACGAUAUCCUCCAACAUAUCCUCGCACUCAUCCGAUCCGACCCCUCUCCUCCCCCAUCCCUUCUCAACGUACUAUGCCGAACAUCCAAGUCACUCUACCGCAAAUUCAUUCCGAUCCUAUACAAUCAUCUAGACUUAUCUUCUCAGAAGACACUCGGUAUAUUCGAAGGAUUACAUCUCCCCCCUUCAGAAGAUGACGAUGUCUAUUUUCCAGAAAGAGAAGAUCGUUCGUCGGUUCUCACUCAACUGACCAACAGAGACGAUCUAGAUGUCUUAUCAUCAAAUUUCGAUAUCGAUAUUGAACAAAGUAAAUUACAUUUACUCUCUCAUACCACCUCCCUCAAGAUACAUGACAUACCAUCUCUCAAGACAUUAUCAAAAGUCUUAUCGAUAUAUCAACAUACCGAUGAAGUUGCUCGAUCGGAUAACCCACGCAGUCAGAUAUUCCCAAAUUUACAAUCAUUAGAAUUCACUUCAGAUUGUAUAUACGAAUUUUGUGUCCAGACUCAGAGCAGUUCAUCGAAAUAUCAUGAUAUCCUUUGGCCCCUUGUCACUGGCUUAAAACCUAAUACUAUCAUUUUCAAUUCACCUAUAUGGUCUAGUCAUCCCACCAUCCAAAGAUUCCUUGAGAACGCCGAUGAGAAACCACUUGAGAAUGCAGGAUUUGGGAUUGUAGUUCAUGGUGAUAUUCCCGAGGAAAUCGUCUCCAUCCAGUAUGGGAUGUUUAAUCUCCUAGAUGAUAUUUGGUGGUAUUUCCCUCUCGAGCGGGUUGUGGUGAAUGGAGUAGUAGGGAUGGAAAUGUUACCUUCUACUAGACCGGGAGGAUGUGGUGUAGAAUAUGAACCCCUAAAGAAGUAUGAGAUACAUUACGCGACUAGGCAAGAUCUGGACAAGAUAGAUUGUUUGAAGGACGAAGGGGCGAUGGAGGUUUUAAAGGAAAGUAGGAAGAUGAGGUUGAAAAUUAGGUUGGAGGAUUAUCAUGAAGAAGAGUAUGAGAUGAGAGAAGAUGGGGAAGAAAAUAGGUUCCGGACGGAGUUUGAGAUUGAAAGGUAUGGAAUUGGAAGGAAAGGAGAAGUAAGUGUAAGAGUAGGACUUGGAGAUGUAUUGGAGGAUGAGGAACAGAUGAGAAAUUUGGAAAAAAUGGUCAGAUUUACGUGA